CUCCUCCUUCGAAGUUGAGAGGCAGGAGCGGAGUGCAGAGCAGAGCGAAGUGGUGGCGCAGGGUCCCAGCUCGGCCUUCGCCCCGUGGAUGCACUCAUUCCGUCCUUUUUCUAACACAUUGUUGCGUUUUGUGGUUCUCCGUGACAUUUGUGAACGCUUUCCGUGGCGAUGGCGGGGGCUAUCAUUGAAAACAUGAGCACCAAAAAGUUGGUGAUUGUAGGAGUGAUCCUGCUGCUGUUCCAGGCGUUCGCCUUCAUGGUCGGCGGAUUAAUCGCCCCCAGUCCCACCACAGCCGUGCACUACCUGGCCACCAAAUGUGUGGACAACGUCAAGCACCGUCAGGAUUCCAAAUGGUUCAUGCCCUGGGGCCCCAACCAGUGCGACAAGAUCCGCUCCUUCGACGAGGCCAUGGCCAAACGCAUCGAGGCCAACAACAUCGUGUUCGCCGUCCACAUCCCUCUGCCCUACAAGGAGAUGAGCCCCUGGUUUCAGUUCAUGCUCGUCAUCCUGCAGUUUGACAUCGCCUUCAAGAUGUACAACCAGAUCGAGGAUGGAGCUCUCGUGACCAUAGACGUGGGGCUGGCCUACAGAGACGACACUGUGAGCGAGUGGACAGAGAUGGCCCACUCCUUUGAACAGAGGAAACUCAGCUGUAACUUCACCACAGACAAGACGUUUGAGAAUGAAGGCCGUUACUACGAGUGUGACCUGCUGCCCUUCAUGGAGGUGGGCAGUGUGGCUCAUAAGUAUUACCUGGUGAACAUCCGUCUCCCUGUGAAUGAACGCAAGAAGGUCAACGUGGGCAUCGGGGAGAUCAAGGACAUCCGCCUGGUGGGCAUCCAUCAGAACGGAGGCUUCACCAAAGUGUGGUUUGCCAUGAAGACCUUCCUCACGCCCAGCAUCGUCAUCAUCAUGGUGUGGUACUGGAGGAGGAUCAGCCUGAUGAGCCGGCCCCCUGUGCUCCUCGAGAAGAUGAUCUUGGCCCUGGGCAUCUCCAUGACCUUCAUAAACAUCCCUGUGGAGUGGUUCUCCAUCGGCUUCGACUGGACCUGGAUGCUGCUGUUUGGAGACAUCCGCCAGGGGGUUUUCUACUCCAUGCUCCUCAGCUUCUGGAUCAUCUUUUGUGGGGAGCAUCUCAUGGAUCAGACGGAGAGAAACCGGAUCUCUGUUUACUGGAAGCAGGUCGUGCCCAUCGUGUUUGGAUCGUUCUGCCUUUUUAUUUUUGACAUGUGUGAAAGAGGUGUCCAGCUGACCAACCCGUUCUACAGCAUCUGGGCGUCUGAAGUGGGCACUGAACUGGCUAUGGCUUUCAUCAUCGUGGCUGGGAUCUGUGCCUGUCUCUACUUCCUCUUCCUCUGCUUCAUGGUUUUCCAGGUUUUCAGGAACAUCAGUGGGAAGAGGACCUCGCUCCCUGCCAUGUCCAAGGCCCGGAGACUCCACUACGAGGGUCUGAUCUUCAGGUUUAAGUUCCUGAUGCUGGUCACUCUGACAUGCGCCGCCAUGACGGUCAUCUUCUUCAUCAUCAGUCAGGUGAACGAGGGCCACUGGCACUGGGGCGAGCACACGGUCCAGGUGAACAGUGCGUUCUUCACGGGGAUCUACGGUAUGUGGAACCUCUACGUGUUCGCCAUCAUGUUCCUGUACGCGCCCUCGCACAAACGCUACGGAGACGAGCAGACCAGCGGACAGUGCAUCACCGGUGACACUGGUGCCAGCAGCGGGGAGGACAUCCAGCUGACCACCACCAUCACCCACGUGGACGGGCCCACCGAGAUCUACAAGAUGACGGGCAAAGAGGCGCAAGAGUAGAACCUACGUGCCCCCGAGGACGACUCACCACUGCCCCCUACCCAACCACCCCUCUCCCCCCUCCCCUCCCCCCUCACCAGCUCAGCCAAUGGGGACUCCAAACACAAAGGGGAGCUAGAACAUUCCUUUUCCAGAGACUGAAUACUAUCUUAUCACGUCUGGUCAUUUCAUUGAGAAAACCACUUUAUUGCCAAAGUUGGGUUUGAUAAUGAAACGUGAUACAGUCCAGGUACACACUCCUCUCUUAUUAUUAUUAUUAGUAUCGGUACCGGUAAAAAGUAGAAACUGGAUUUUGAGCAAAAGAACUUUUAUACAAUGUGGAAAUAUCCUUUAAAGGGGCACUGUGUAACUUUUCUGGUGGUUAAAUGAUCUAGUUUGUAUUUAUUCAGUUCCAGGUGUUUUAUUGCAUUCUCAGUGUGCUGUGAGUGGGCUUGCCUUUCCACAGAUCUGACCUCUAACAAGGCCAGGUAACGUCAUCUGCUUUUCUCACUGGAGAUGUUUAAGUUUAAUACAGCAACAGUCCAGGCAAAGCAGACCCUCAACCAGGAAAGUUACAUAGUGCACCUUAAAAUCAAAACAUUUUAAAGAUUUUUUUAAACAGUUUAAACAUUUUUCACCAUUUUUGUGUAAUAAUAUAUUUUUGCAUAAACAUUUUAGAUUCUUUUAUUUGAUUAAGUGACAAACGUUACUUGAAAUGUCCUAAAAGUUGGGCGAAAUACACGAGAAAUUAUUACAAAACACUAGUUCACAGAUGUGGACAAAUGUUUUAGUUAAAUUAUGCCAAAAUUUAGGGAUGCACCAAUCCAGCUUUUUCAGUUCUGAUAGUCUUCGUAUCGAAAUCAGUUUCAAUACUAAUGAAAUAAUUUAAUGAACCUGCAUAUCACCGUAUCAAACGAUCUGCGUCCAGACACGUCGUUUCUGUGUCCGCAAGUCUCCUCUAUCCACACAGCUUUGAGCAUAUUUGUUUAUAUUUGACAGAAACUAAACUUAAAACCACAUGACUCAUUUGCAUAAACUAAGCCUCAAAAAACAGUUCUCUAUUCUGUCGCUGAUGUGGUUCAGCUUCUGUCGGACUAAAGGACACGACUCAGUGGAAUCUGAGUGUUCUUUCUGUGACAGAGGGGUGUUCUGCUGAUGGUGAGUCUGUUCUGUGUUUCUGUCGUGUUGGAGAUGGUUCAUGUGAAACUUUUCAGAAAUUAUACGUCUGCAGGUCGUACACACAGACACACGUUUAUAUGAAUGGACAGAUAUUCUAGCCUCUUAGUGUUUUGGCGGUGCACAGACCUACAUCAGAGUAUCAGUGUUUUCAGGCGUCCACACAGUGCCGGAUCAGAUCUGUACUCAGAUGAAUUCGUGGGAACUGGAGGCACCAAAUCUGCAUCCACAACCAAAACAACUCCAAUACACACUAGUGUGGACGAGGCCUAAAGCUUUAACUACAUGACGAUGCCCAAUGUCAACAGAUGCCAGUGCAGAGACUCUAAAUAGCAUUUAUUCGCUUUAAACUAAGAUAAAAUAAGACAAAACUGAUCCAAAUGUGUCGCGUAGUAGCUGUUACUUAUCUCACAAGUAACCGCAGAACAUUUUUGUAUAAAUAAAAGUUCAAACAUGAGACUUUCGGGGUUUAGUAUGACCGGUAAAUAGUCAUAUUACAACAGUUUGUUUGUCCAACCAGGAUAUCGGCUCAACUAAUAUUAGAAACAGAUUUUCUUUCCUCUUUUUUUGUUUGUUUGAGUUUGUUUCCCCUGAAUUUUUUAGUAUCGGCGUUGUUUUAUUUGUUACAGAUCGGUGCAUCCCUAUCCAAAAUGUAAAAAUUCCACAAGUGUCACAAACCAAAAACUAGUCACAUUUUUGACAUUUUUAAGUUGUCAUUACCCUAAAACGUAGUAUUCCCAUCAUUUGACACACUCCUGUUUGAAACUUUGAGGAGGUAAAACUUUCUCAAGCUGAUCUCGCGCUCCUCCAUUUUUGUUUUAUACCCAUAUUUCUCAUUUAUUCUUCUCGACCACGUGGGCAUCUGACGUUCAUUUUAGUGUUUUUACUUUUAUUGAGGGAAGCCUGGACAGACCCACGCACUCCUGUCAUUAUGUUACUAUGUAGAUAUGUAUUUUUUAUAAACUAUGUCAACUCUAUCAAAUAUACACCGCUAUCGAUACGUGUUAUUUGAAGUUGAUUGUAGCCUAGUAUACCAUUUUUAGUUUUUUUUGUUUUUGGUUUUUAUGAUUUUAUUUAAAUAAAACGUUUACAUAA